CUCAGCCUGCGCCCCGGGCUGGCGGCCCCCGCCGCGCCCCGCCGCGCGCUGCCGCUCAGACUGCGGGCGUCUCGGGGACCCCGUAGCCUCGGGACUGCCGCGCCCCGCAGGGCUACGGCGGCCAGCAUCGUUGCCAUGGCGACCGCCUGGCUGCCCCCACGCGUGUUCCUUCCCAUAGUACCGGGAUGGACUUGUAUCCCUGUGCCUGGCUGUACCAAUGCUUUAAACUGUUGAACUGGAGUUCUAUUCAGACUGACUGGAAGACUGCUGUCAUUGGCCGGAGCGGAAGGACGCUCUGGUCACCAGUGUGGCCACUCCCGGGAGCCUGGGAGAGUGAGCUUACGCCCACUCCUAGGGCCACACAGUGCCAGGCUGUGCAUCCAGUUCCUGAUGGCACUCAUCAUCCCUGCAGUGCUCCCGGUCCAGAAGCUUGUGAUCCCCCUUUUCCAGGUCUUGCUGUGUAGCCCGGGCUGCCUUAAACUCGCGGUAAUCCUUCUGCCUCAGCCUCCUGGUGCCGGAUAACAGGCGUGCACCACCACAGCCAGCUGCUCGCUUGGACAUUUUCAGACUGAAAGACUCGUCGAGCUCCCGGUCCGUGUGCAAGGCGCCUUCUGACCUAGCGCCAACGCUCAGUCCCUUCCUCCCGGGUGAAAAUGGGUAACACCCUAACUACUCCACGAAAGCGAGGACCCCUGAUUUUGCGAGCCCAAGAACCCCGGAGUACGAGCUCUGCUUCCGGGGAUCCCGAGCCAGGCCAGCAGGGGGCGCCGCUGCCCGGUGGUGUCCCGGCGCGGGGCGCGGUUUUCGCUGUUUUUUUGGGGGUGGGGUGGGGGUGGGGGUGGGUUUCGAGGACGCAGAGGCUGAGCGCGGCCCUCCGAAGCGCGGGUUCCGCGGACAUCCAGACCUGGCUGGGUUUAAUGCUUCGGUGGCGUCAGGUCGUGCAGUUGCGUCCGGAGCCGGGCUGGCGGCGCACACCUGUAAUCCUGUACCCAGGAGGCCGAGGCAGUAAGCUCUUCAGCCUGGGGUACGCAGCAAGCCCCUGCCUCAAGAUCCAAAAAGCCCAAAGAAAUGCAGAAACCAGGCACAGCCGGCCGCCCCAGGCGCUCUGUGCCCAGCGCGGGGCUGAGUCUCCCCGGGACCCGCACUGCUGCGCUUCCCACUUGGGCCACCAGAGUGCAUCUGAGGCAGGAAGGGCCGGGCAGAGGUGGGGUGUCCACAUCUGUCUCCCAGAGGCCAAAGCAGCAUGGGGCUUCACAGGACAGGGGGAUGGGCUGCAGGCCCAGCACUCGGGAGGCUGAAGCAGGAGGACUGCAUCUUCGGUCAACUGCAGGUUCGAGGGUCCUGGGUUCAAUCCCCAGAGACAGAAAAGAAAACGAGAAAAAGGCGGUUCCAUUCGGACAGCUGCAGCCUGAGACCCCUUACAAGGGAGCUGUCGGGUGCCAUGGGGACCCCCACCCUGGGGUCUACAUACAGCCCCACGGCGGCGGCUGCAGCCCCGGAGGGCUCGGCCUGCCUGGCCACGGUGUCUCGCGUCCUAGUGUAGGCGCACACAAGGCCAGCAGCGGCCACCAGGGUGCGCUGCGGUUCAGGUCCUGCUCCCGGCCCAGCAUUCCAGGCCACUACCACCAUGGGUCCUCUCUUCCCCAUAGGGUCCCAUGCUGCUUCUGGGAGGGGGAGCUCUCGCUCUGAGGCUGGGACGCAGGCUGCAGGAGGCUGAGGCAGGCUGAAGCAGGGGUUGGCUAGGGACACCAGGCACCGCAGCGACUCUUGGGCGGUGAGGAGCAGAGCCCCGGCCUGGCGUGGGAGUGCUGGCUGCCCAGGAGUACUUAGUACUUUUAUAAUAAGGCUGUUUAUUUGUUGUCUGCGGUAUUGGGGACUGAACCCAGGGCUUUUGCAGUGAGCCGCAUUCCCAGGCCCUCACCCCUCUCCCAGAGCUGCCCGGGCUAGGUUAGAGGCUGCAACCUCCCGAACCCCUGGAGGCCAAAGUCUGGCCGAGGGCCUGUGCCCUGGGCAUUCUGUCCCCACGCCCAUGUCCCCUUCCAGACCCGUGGUUUGCGGUCUGCUUUGUCUCUGUGGACCACUGCCCUCUGCCUGGGUGACUUAGCUGUCCCCCUGCUGGGCGGGGCUCCCAGGGCACCUGUCACCCACUGCCACCACACUGGCCAUCUCCUCUGACACCGUGGGGCUGGGCCCAAACCCCAGCCUGGGCUGAGCGCUGGUAGCCAUCCUGGACCUGUACCCCUGGACAGCAGCCGCCCCCAGCUGAGUCCAGCCGGGCUGGGGGGAGCCUUGGAGCUGCUCUCCUGGGUCCCAGGUCCUAGGGGCUCAGUCAUCCGGGCUGAGAUCAUUAUGGUGGGGUCCAGGCUGUGUCCCCCCAGCUCAGGCACAGUUACCCAGGACAGGUAUGGGGGGUGCAGCUCUGCCAGAGGGGUGAGGGGCACUGCUCCCACAAUCUGUGCUGGCCACAGAGGAGGGGACCCGGCCCAGGAAGGCCCUGGGGUGCAGCCCACAGGGCCAGGCUGGGGCCUCCCCAAGCCGCUGCCUUUUGGUGAAUGCUCUCGGCCUCCAGUGACCUGGAGUGCCCUUCUUCCUCCAGGGACAGUGGAGGACCCAGAGGCUGCAGGGUGGCACCGGAGACUGAGUGACCCGGGUGCCGUGGGUGAUCACGUAAUCCUGUCUGCACCCCGUGCCAGCCCCCCUAGGCGUGACCUGGGUACUCCCACACUGGUCACGGGGGCCUGCCCUGGACCCACCCCUCACACCUUAGUCCUGCCAAGCCUGACUGCAGGUGUCACCAGCUCCCCAACAGCCCCUGCCUGGAGGGCAGAGCUGAGGGCCUCAGAGCAGGACAGUCCCAGGGAGGAAGUCAGGAUCCCAAGAGAACAGCAGGCUAAAGUGCCCACCCACAGACCACACUUUUGGGGUCUCUUCUUUCUUUGACUUCAUUCUUCUCAAAACUUUGUGGUAUUUUUACCCCAUGGAGUACUGUUUGGCCGGAGACCACAACUUUUUUGUUGUUUUUGUGUUUUGAGAUAGAGUCUUGCUAUGCAGUUCAGAUUGGCCUUGAGCUCACUGUGUAGCCCAGGCUGGUCUCAAACUUGUGGUGAUCCUCCUGUCUCAGCCUCCCGAGUGCUGGGAUGACAGGCUGUGGUCUACUACGCCUGGGGUGAGAAACAUCAAAGCACAAGCUUAACUACGGCUUGAUUUCUCUUAAGUGAGGAAGUUAAACAUCAAGACAAAAACGGGGAGGAGACAAAAGCCAGGAGGGAACAAAAGCCAGGAAGGAGGACCAGGAAGGGGAAGGGCUGCCAUCGCUUCCUGCAGACAUGGCCGAAGACAUUUUUUAAAAUCUUUUGAGCCAUGAAAGUGAGGGAGACUGUGAGACACACACGGGUCUAGCAGUUGCGGGCCAGGCCGCACCAAACGUCACAGGCGGCCUCUUCCGGACGCCCUCCCUCAGCGCCCUCGCGCUGUGCCCCACCAAGGUGGCGCCUGCUUCCCAUGCCAUUAACGCACUCACAGCUCCACCAGCCCCAUUAAGGCCGUGCAUUGCACCUCGGGGUUGUUUGCUUUUGUGCUGUGUGUGUGUGUGUGUGUGUGUGUGUGUGUGUGUGUGUGUAUGGGCGAGUGCACGUGCCCACACCUGUGCUCAUGGCACCAUUAAUCACUACCAGGGGAGGGCUGUGGAUAAAAGCCCACAGGUGACAGUCACGAGAAUUCAAACCCCAGCUGGGCAGUGCACAGACCCUUCCCUCCUGAGAAGAGAAAGGAAAACCAGCCUACUGGUUCCUGCCACUAAGCUGACCAGAUGCAGGCAUCCACGGUGACUUCAGUGUCCACAGUCCAGGUGCAGGAGUGGCUGAGGCAGGGAGGCAGGGUCCAUCCGGGGGACCCUUCUGUCUCCCACCUGUGUCGUCAGGUUCUGGGGCUUCCGGACUGAGCCAGGCCCUGCGCUCCUGGACACACACACUGUCCAGGGCUGCUGCCCAAGUGCCUUGGCCCCCACCUCAGCCUUAUCAGCACCGCUCGGCUGCUCCCCCGGAUGCCAGGCUGCUGCAGAGAUAAGCACUAGGCACACAGGCGGCACUCAGCUGUGCAAACACGGGUGGCACCGGACACAGGACAGGGACCAGAGCGGCACAGCAGGCUGCUGGGCCGUGGGGUUGGGUUGCUCUCCCCACUGCCCCCACCCAGUGUCCCCAGAACCUAAGUCCCCCGGGCUGGGCGUUUCAGGACUCCCACAGGGCUGGGGUGGCCGUGCCCGCCUUUCCCCCCAGAAUCCCCAGGCAGUCGCUGACUCAGGGCACCCACCCUUCCCACACCCUGGGACACCUGGCUGAAGGUCUCUGGUGAUGGGGGCCAUGAGCAGCUGCCCCGUGCCCCAGACUAGGGACACAGAGGGUCACAGCUGGGACCAUACAACCGUCUGUCCUUCCGGCUGUCCAUCCAUCCACCUGGCACAGGCACAAGGUUUGCUGACUGUCAGCUUCAGAGACUUUUCCAGAGUGGUAUGUUUCUGCCUCUGCCGGAAUCCAGUUGUUCCCGCCCCAGAGCCCCUAUUUCUGCUACAAUUUAAGCUACAUUCUCCCUUUUUGGCAUGACUCCAGUCUAAAAGGAAGCCUGCCAAGGACAGGUGUUCAACUCGUGUACUGCAUAAGGGCACUGGAUCUCAAGCUCUGGCCCCCACAGUGGACACCAAGCAGUGCAUGUGGGAUGCAGCAUCCUCACCGGAUGCUGGACCAGCAGGGCGGCUGCCACUCACAGAAACUCAUGGGGCUCAAGGCAAGCGUGGUAAACAGUGACACCAAGGGGAGAGGUGUCCCAGCAGGCUGUCACUCAGAGGCAGGCUCUGUGCUGGCAUGGAGGUGCCGCUUGGUGACCCCACGAGCUGGCGAUGCGAAGGGAGAGGGUGUGGGUGUCAGGGACCGAGCUGGGCUGUGUCACUGCUAUGCCUCUCUGCCUGCCCCGCUGUGUCUUCUCCUCUGAGACUCCCAGGAGGAAGCUGCUGCAACCUUGACCUCACUCUGAGGCCUAAGGCACUGGGACUCAAUGUGACCUGCCCCAUGCCCACACUGUCCCCAAACUGGGGUGACUCAGUGCCCAACAGCAAGAGUGAGCGAUCCACAGGGCACCAGGGUAGAAAUGAGCAGAUGGCAGCUGCAUGGUGCAGGGCUGACUCCCACAAGACCAGCUCUCACUGCGUAGCACAGGCUGAUCUAAAUCUUGGGGACCCUCCUGCCUCAGCCUCCUGAGCACCAGGAUGCUGGGUGGGCUGUGCACUCCUUUGGCUGGUGACACAUGCAGUGCUGAGCAGCAGAAGCAGAGGAAAGGAGUGGCCACCGCCCCUCCUUUUCUGUGGGUCACAGCUGUGGGACUCAGGCCUGGGCUGGCUCGGCUCCCUGGGUUGGGGCACGCAGGGGCCCAGGCAGAGGUGACCUCAACAGGGCCCUCUCCAGGGCUGCACUGGGGACUCAGGGAGGCCCCUCACAGUGACAGUGGAGGGGCCCUGGGCAGGGUGCAGAACAAGGGACCCAGAGCUGUGCUGUGGAGUCAGGAAGCUGGGAGAGGACCAGGGUACGGGGACUGGGCACAGGCUGGGGCAGCGACUUGGUGGUGGGAGACUCAGGCCAGGGGCGUGGGUUGCAGGCAGCACAGGGGCUGCACAAGUGUCCCUGGGGACUCGUGGUCCCUAGACCAUUUUCUUGUUUUUUCUUUUCCACUGCCCCCGGGUGACAGGAGCCAAGCCACAGCUGCCCGUUCCCUCGGGUCCCCAGGCCAAGGGUGCUACUGCCCAGUGACCAGUAGAUGUGUGAAGGGAGGCCACCUUGUCAUCUCCCUGCUUGGGCCACCAGAGGCCCUGAUGGCGUCGGGACCGAGGGACAGGAGGGCUGGGUUGCUGGGAGGAGCCAAGGGUAGUAGGGGCAAUAGACCAGGGCCGGGGUCCCUGCGGUGCCUGGUGUGGCCCCCAGAAGGGGCAUGUGGCAGCCAGGGCCCGGGAAUCCCACCCAUUAUGCUGAGCUUCAGGGGGUUGGGGACCCUCCCCAAGUCACAGGGCACAGGGGCUCAAAGGGAGCCCAGCCCAAGGGAGGCUUUGUGCGCAGAAAGUUGGGGGAGGAGGGGCAGCCCGGAGGCAUCCAGCCUCAGCCAGGUGCUCAGCGGACUGGCCCAUCGCUCGGAGCCUGUGACACGUGGGUGAGGAAUGGGUGACAUGGCUGCCCAGUUGGGAGAGGCUUUUCUUUUAAAGACAAGUUCUCGCUGUAGCCCAGGGUGGCCUUGCACUCUCAGUACCCUCCCGCCUCAGCCUCCUGCGGGCUGAGAUUUUAGAUGCGUGCAGCGUCUAAAAGGGGCUGACUGCUCAGUCCCCUGCCUGUGAAGGAUGGUGGCCGUGUCCCACAGGCUCUGUUCCUGGCUCUAUUUUUCCUUUUCUCCUUUCCUCUAUUAAAAAACAAGUAAAAUCUGUCCAGAACAGAACCAUGGAUAAAUUUGAAGGAAAACUGCA